AUGGAGAAACACUCCAUGCGUCACAUCCUGUGGGCUGCACUGUUCCUGUUGUACUGCAGCUGCGGGUGUUUGGCUGCUGUUGUGCAGCAGUUACCACAGAAAGGAGAAAGUGCUCUACAGGCAUACACCGUCUCUGCUCCUCCUGCUCCUCCUGCUGCUCCUAAGACUGGUGUGGAGUGGCAGCCCAUCCGCAUUGCUGUGUAUACAAAACGUGUGGAAGAUGUGCUGAAGUUUUGCACGACAGGAGCAUUGCCGCCUGAGUACCAAGAUGAGUUUCUCGAGACUGACGAGGUAGAAGACGAGUUUGAAGAGCUGUGUGGUGUUAAAGGGGUUAAUAAGAAGAUAAUAGCGGAAAGGAAAGAAAUUCUUUUGAAUAAAGUCUUGCCUAAAGCCAUCAAACUGCAUGCAGAUCGCCUUAAUGUGGAACAGGUGAAAGAAAGUCUAAAGAUUGAAACUGACAGUGUAAAAAAACCUCCACAAGAGUGCGGAGAAUUUGGCAUCCCCAAAGAACAUGAAACCAAUGGAAUUCCUAAUGCUGAUUUUGUAAUUUACGCGAGACUCUCCACUAACAUAGGCCAUGGGAUUUGCAGUAAAGAUAAGCAAGGGAGACCAACGUCUGCUGUCAUCAAAUUCGUCCUGUAUGAUAUAGAAGCAACACGGAAGUAUAUUCGCUUCACUGCACAUGAGAUUGCUCAUGGUCUUGGAUUUCAACAUGAUCUUAUGAAAGGGCUAGGCAUGAUUGUGAGCAGCAAGACAUAUCUAAAACCCGACGCAGUCCCAUGCAGUAAAAAACGAAGCGCUGGAACAUCUGACUAUAUGGUAAAAUUUAAAGAAGCUCUCGAAGUGUUGAAGAAUCAUUACAAGUGUCAAGGUGAUGAAGUGAAAGGUUUGUGUUUGGAAAACGAUGAUCAGUGGACACCCUCCCACUGGGAAAGGGAAUUUGCAAAGGAUGAGUUGAUGAGUACAUACAUUGGUGAACCCACCGGCAUGUAUUACACUGCAUUGACACUUGCAGCAUUCCAUGGAAUGUCCUUCUAUCGCGCAAAUUUCUCCAUGGCAGAACCGAUGGGCUGGAGUAAUCAAUCUAUUUGUGAGUUUCUUCAAGGAAAAAAGGAUCCAACACAGACUGACCGUCCCUAUAUGUUCUGCAAGGAAAACGAGAAAAAGGAGAUCCUGCAGUGUACCUCAGACCGUUUUGCCCUUGGUAUGUGUUUAACAAAGAAAAACCUUGGACAGUUACCCAAUGGAUACCAAUAUUUUCAUGGCGAAGACUCUGAAACGACAAUGGAUGACUUGAUGGAUGGUUAUCCAAUCAUCAGACCCUUGAACGGUACUGUGUGUGAGGGUGGGGAUGAGAAUCUGUUGCCUGGUAGCCUUCUUGGACGAGAUUCACGGUGUUUAAAUGCUAAAGGUCUCUUUCUACGUGAUCCAAACGGCCACAGAAGCCACACCAUGGGUGGUGUUUGUGCGAAGGUGAAGUGUGAUAAUGCCAACAAGAAGGUGAGUGUACAACUCAAAGGGUACGAUAAAAAAAAGGAGCUGAUCUGGCAUGAGUGCAAUGAUGACAAUGCAGCUGUUAAAUUGGAAGGUUCAUUCUUCGAAAGUGGAACUAUUAAGUGUCCCAAAUACGAAGAAGUCUGUACGGGGUUGCCGAAAACCAAUUCCCUAAAAAUUAAGUAUUACAGUGGCAAACAAGAUCUUGAGGCGCGCGACGUUGUUGUCAAUGACGACGAUGAAGAAACAGGAGCAGCGACUAACACCGAUGUCCGCGCACAGGAAACUACUACAAGAUCACCAUUUUCUCCAGAUGCUGUUGUUAAUGAACCCCACGUGCCACACACUGAACAGGAGGAAGUGAAAGAAAGUCCGGAAAACAAGCAUCCAGAUAAACCGGAAGAUACUUCGUUGAAGAGACCCUCUAGUGAUACCAAGAUAGAGCAACCACACCAGGAGGUCAAUAAACCUAUUGAAUCCCAAAACUCUUCACCGAAUAACCCGAGAAUAGAAAAUAAUCAUGACAACGGUUUGCCUUCUAGGAGUGCAGGAAGCAGCAGUGGAAUUGGUAGCGCGAGCGGUAUUCACAACGGUGGUGUUUCUCGUGGGACGAACGAUGAUAACAGCAGUGCCCUUGGUUCUGGCGCCAGCGGCAAUGAAAGGAACCCCGUUAAUGGGGAUCAGUCCGUCCAAAGCGAAACUUCUUCUUCUGCUCCUGUUGUACCUGUCGUUCCUGCCAAAACGCCUGCUGCACCUGCCCCUGCAGACACCGAUACAAAUGAAAUCCCGCAACAACCGGCAGAUUCACGAGCAGAAAACAAAGAUCAACAAAAUGGAAUACAAACACCAACCCAAGCUCAAGACCGCCAGCAAGGACCAAACCAAACACAAAAUGAAGUUCAAUUCCCAAACGAAGUAAAAACACCGUCUCAGCAAUCAACACCACAAUAUAAGAAUUCUUCUACAUCUCCCACUACAGAUGAAAAGGAUGCUCAGGAAGAAGACCAUACAUCGAGGAAUCGUCGUAAUACUGAUGCUGCUACUUCUCCAAACACAUCUUAUCCCAACACUGGUGAUGCUGCAAAUGACCAGUCCUCUCACACAGUAAACAGCGAUUCUUUGAAGGUGCCAAACUUAACUGAGGACCAAAUAAAAGAAGAAACACUAAAUCAUACAAAUGUAAUGAGUGCGUUGGGUCCUGACAGCAGUAUCAUGUUCUCCCACAUGGCCCCUCUUGCACUUCUUAUGUGUGUUGUUGGUUUUGUGAUGGUUCCAUGA